AUGUCCGUUGGAGAAUACACGGCCAAAUUUAACGAACUUCUGCAGUACUGGCCUCAAUACCAAGAUGCUCGGAACGAAGAAGACUUAUGUGGUCAGUUUGAGAAUGGGCUUCGACUGGAGAUUCAACAGGCAGUUAGCUACAUGCAGAUCACAGAUUUCAAUCAACUGGUGACAAAGUGCCGAAUAUUUGAGGAUAAGAUGAAAGAGAGGCAAGCUAGAGGCUUUGGAGGACCACAAAGAAGCCACCCUUUUAGAGGAAACAAUAAUAAGAGGAUGAAGCCAUAUCCUAGCAACAAGGGGAAACAACCUAUGGCUACGUCCAACAUGAACCAGUCAAAGGGGACUGGGGUACAGUGCUUUCAGUGCGGAGGACCGCAUCUUAGGAGAAAUUGCCCACAACUCCAGCAGACACAGGAAAAUCGUUGUUAUAUUUGUGGCAAGGUAGGCCAUUAUGCUCGGGAGUGUAGAAUGAUUGGGAGACCGACGGUAACUGCCAAUUCUAACAUAGUCAAUCGUGGAUCUACUAAUUCCACAAGGAGCAAUGUACUCUAUGAUUCGGGUGCCACGCAUUCGAUCAUAUCUCAUGCAUGUGUGGAGAGGUUAGGUUUAUGUACGACGGAGUUACCAUAUGAUAUUGUGGUGUCUACUCCAACUAACGAGCCUGUAACCACCUCUCGGGCGUGUUUGAAGUGUCCUAUAACUGUUGAGGACUGCAAAGAGAAGAUGCUAGUAUUUGGUGGAAAUGUAAUUCCAAAUGAACCAUUGAAAGAGAAUGCUGCCAACGAUGGAGUGGGGGAUGUUCGAACCUACAUGGUGUUGUUCUCCAUGAAUGUGGAGGAGGUCUCUGAAGUUAGCAGUAUAUCGGUGGUGUCAAAAUUUCCAGAGAUUUGGAGGCACUAUUUAUACGGUACUCAUUUUGAAGUUUUCAACGAUCACAAGAGCCUCAAAUACUUGUUUGAUCAGAAGGUUUCUCCUGUAACUGGAGUCGGGAGAGCUCUCAAAUCUAGGAAGCUGACGCCCAAGUAUCUGGGUCCGUAUCAAAUUUUGAAGAAGGUUGGGCCUGUAGCUUAUCAAAUCGCUUUACCUCCGAGCUUAUCGAAUUUGUACCCUGUGUUUCAUGUCUCUCAACUGAGAUGA